AUGCCUCAUGUUCAAGGAACGCCUCGAGGCGCUCCUGCACCACCGUACAUGUUCCCGAUGACAUCACGGCCAACGAGCACAUCGUUUGUUGGCAUGCAACCAUACGGCAGUACAGUCUAUUACACGCCUAAUAAGUCAUCUAAUCCCUACUAUCCCUCACCUCAAUCCCUCCUAUUACACUACCAACGGCCUCCCAACGGACCACAAACACCAUCAUACCACAGUAUUGGGGGACUUCCAUCUUUCUACCAGGCCUUUCUGUCACCCCACACUGCUCCUCCUUCUCAAGACCCCCACAGUUCGAGCUGA